CAAAAUUCAGUCUAAAAUGAAAGUUCAAUCGAUUCAGAAGUCUAAAAUUUAUUUUAAAUUUUAAAUAUAAGUGAGAAGAUAAUGUUUUCUCAAGUUAUAGCAUAUCUACUGAUAGGAUUAUUUAGCAUUCUACUUUUAUUGAAAUUAAUCUUGCGUCAUGGAAGAUAUAAUAAGUCAACACUGAUAGAUAAUAAAGUUGUCAUAAUCACCGGCGGUAGCACUGGAAUCGGAAAAGCUUGUGCAAUUGAUUUAGCAAAGCGUGGUGGAAAGAUCUAUAUCGCAUGCAGAGAUGAACCAAAUAAUGAACAGGCAUUUGAAGACAUCAGAAACGAAAGUGGAAGUAACAAUAUUCAUUUUCUUGAACUUGAUUUAGCAUCGUUGAAAUCAAUCAGGAAAUUCUCUGAAAAGUUUUAUAAACUUGAGACUAAACUUGACAUCCUUAUUAAUAAUGCUGGGGUAUUGACUCCCAAAAAACAACUGACUGAAGAUGGCUUUGAGAUGCAUAUGGGUGUUAAUUAUUUGGGUCAUUUCCUUCUUACAAAUUUAUUGCUUGACAUGUUGAAAGCAUCUGAACCAAGUAGAAUAAUUCUAGUUUCAUCAGUCAUUCAUAGAGUUUGUAGCCUUAAACAUAAAGAUUUGAUGAGCAAACAAUAUUUCUCUAAGUAUAGAGCUUAUGGAAUGAGUAAAUUGGCAAUCCUUUUAUUUACAAAAGAACUUUCGAGAAGGCUGAAAAAUACAAAAGUCACAGUUAACUGCUGUCAUCCUGGUCUUGUCAACACAGAUAUAACUCAAGAGAUCAUAAGUGAUAUAGUUUCGAAAAUCUAUAGUUUAUUUGCAAAAACACCUCUAGAAGGUGCACAAAAUUAUAUAAAGCUUGCAGUCGAUCCUAACUUGGAAUCUGUUACUGGAAAAUAUUUUGAAGAUUGUCAGGAAAAAGAACCAUCAAGUGAAGCUAAAGAUAUUGAUAUUGCUAAAUGGCUAUGGGAGAAAAGCUCUGAACUUGUUUCACUUUGAUUGGUUUUUUGGGAUAAUUACAAACCUUAUUCAAAUGGAACAUAGCGUAAGAACUGAAUAAAUACAAGCUAGUAGACGCAUAGCCAGGAGGGUCUUGUCUCCCCCUUAAACGUUUUGAACCACAGCAAGAGCCGCUUAAAACGCUUAAUAGGGGGACAAGACCCUCUUGGCUAUGCGCCUGCAAGCUAGGAAAUAAUUGAAAACUAGAGUAUAAGACUAUGUAAGCUUGAUCCAG